GCCGUGGGGUCAUGGCGGCUCCUUCCAGUGGGGAGAAGGAGAAGGAGCGGCUGGGAGGCGGCACUGCUGUGGCUGGAGGAAACAGCAUGCGAGAGCGGCUGUUGUCUGCGCUGGGAGACCUGGAGGUCUUGUCCAGGGAACUUAUUGAAAUGUUGACAAUUUCAAGAAACCAAAAGUUGUUACAGCCUGAAGAAGAAAACCAAGCAACAGCUGUUUACCAAGCAAAGGAGAAACUCAAGUCAAUAGAGAAAGCAAGAAAAGGUGCUAUCUCUUCUGAAGAACUAAUUAAAUAUGCACAUAGGAUUAGUGCAAGCAAUGCUGUGUGUGCCCCAUUGACCUGGGUUCCAGGAGACCCACGGAGACCAUAUCCGACAGAUUUAGAGAUGAGAAGUGGAUUACUGGGUCAGAUGAAUAAUCCUUCCACAAUUGGUGUAAAUGUCCAUCUUCCAGGGGAUGCGCUUGCAGCAGGUAGACUGCCAGAUGUCCUUGCCCCACAGUAUCCAUGGCAGUCAAAUGACAUGUCAGUGAAUAUGUUACCACCAAAUCACAGCAAUGACUUCUUAUUGGAACCUCCUGGACAUAAUAAAGAAAAUGAAGAUGAUGUUGAGGUUAUGUCAACAGACUCUUCAAGCAGUAGUAGUGACUCUGAUUAAACCAGCAUGCAUAAACACAC